CAGCUCUCAGGAAGGAGGCUUAUUGUUGCUGCGCUUGCUUGCACAAGGAUGCAGCCUCGCAGCUUGCUUUUGUACAGACACCUUCUCAAAGAAGCAAACGCGUUUUCUCUCGAGAAGAUAGGUCGCAAGAUAAAGCGCAACGUCCGCGAUGCAUAUGAAAUUGCAAGGUUGGACAACAAGGAGGAAGAUUCAGAGAGGCACUUGGAUCAAGGAGAGGCGGUGCUAAGGUUGCUUCAACAGCUGCGGAGGUUGGAACACACACAGUUCCAGGCAAUCUUUGGCGGGUUCUAAUCCGCAAUGUUAUAUGCACAAAUGUAGGAGCGAUGAUCAAGAAGGAGCAGGCUCAACGCAUAGGCACUUGCAUUCAGCAGAUGGCAUUCCCUCUUUGCGCUUUACAAAAGCAACCCAUAUCUUUUGCGGGGUGCAACUUCUCAUUGAAUGCAUCCAGCUGGGCAUCCGGAAACAGGGCAGAGUUUGAAGCAUUCAAGCAUGACAUGUUGACGAUCGUCAUCAGCUAGCAAUCAGUCGCGCGGACCUUAAGUGAUCCCUUGGAAGAGUUGCAUAACGAUCUGCGCGUUGUGGAGGGGUUUGUUGCAGGUUUGCUGGAUUGAAGGCUGUGGCCCAAAGUAAGAUGGUCUCGAAAUUGCAGAGACUUCUUAAGCCUUAAGUGGGCUAGGACUGCUUUCCCGAAGAGCGGGGGUAGCAAUAGAAAGGAAGAAAAAGAGGGUCCUGAAGGGCUCUUAUUGAGGGAGCAUGGCUGGAGCGCCAGCGGGAACGGCCAGCAGUACUCCAACAGAUGAAGCUCAGGAGGGUGACGGGGUUCUGUUAGACGAGGAGAGUCUUCUCAGAGCUCCUCAGGCAGUGAAAGGGUUUACGCCUGCAAAGGCGGCUGGGGGCUUUCAUGCCCGCCACCUGGCAGGCUUCUGGAUUGGCGGGCUGAUCAACAACUUCAGUUACGUGGUGUUUCUGACGGCUGCGGAGGAUAUAUUGACGGGCUACUCUGGGGCGGUGCUCCUGGCUGACAUCCUGCCGACGCUCGUCAUCAAGUCUCUGGCGCCUUUCUUCAUCCACCGCUUCUCUUACCUCCAGCGAGUGGCCGCAGUGGUGGUUCUCGCCGUCCUUGCUUUCUUGAUUGUCGCAACCGCAGGGAGCUCGUUUGUCGCCCUCGGGGGGGUGUGCUUUGCCAGCCUGGCAGCGGGGUUGGGGGAGAUCACGUUUCUGGCGCUCUCAUCGAGGUAUCACAGGUCUACCGUUGGGGCAUGGUCAUCAGGCACAGGCGGCGCAGGAUUAGCAGGGGCGGGGAUUUGGGUUUUCAUCCGCCAGGUGGCAGGCCUGCAGCCCGCGCUGACGCUGCUGGUGAUGUCACCAGUCCCGCUCAUACAAGGGGCAGCGUACUACUUCCUCAUCUGCCCGGGGGGUCCCGAGCCGUCCCCUUCGUUUCCCCCGGGCUCCCCCCCCAAGUUCCAGUUGCUCAGUGACUCGGACUCGGACGAAACCUCGGCGCCGUCCGAAACGAGCACCCGGCGCGCGAUGCACCCGGUGUGGACGUCCGAAGAGUCGGACGCGUUGCCUCUCGGGGGGGCACGCGUCGAGGAACUUUCCGGGGGGGUCGUUCGGGCGGGAUUUGGCAGUCCAUCGGGGGAGGGGCCACCGAGGGGGAUUGCACGCGGCGAAGAACGAAUCGCAAAGGGGGGGCACGGCAGUGGAUUAGGGGGGGCUGCGGCGAGGGGGGGCCAGAAUCACGAGCGGAAUUCCGUUAGGGUGCGGGGGAUUGUGGGGGAACGGAAAGUGGGGGCAGCACGCGCAAGGACUCUGUCGCUGAAGGAGGUCUACCGGCUCGUGCGGCCGCUGUUUGCGAGGUACAUGCUGCCCCUGUUCUUGGUUUACUACUUUGAGUACACCAUCAACCAGGCGCUCUUUCUCCCGAUGGGAUACGCGGUUAACGGUGCGGAAGGAGCUAAGCACGCCUGUCCCAUGUACAGUUUCCUCCAGACGACGUACCAAGUGGGGGUCUUCAUCUCGCGGUCGUCGAUCAGCUUCUUCCCGUUGACGCGCCUCUGGCCGCUGCCAACACUGCAGGGGCUCAACCUCGUGAUUGCGCUGGCGGUUUGCUUACACGUCAGUCAGCCAGGCCGAAAGCCGAUCGGCAUCGCCAUAGCGUAUGCGGCGACCCUUUGGGAGGGACUCCUCGGGGGGGCGACCUAUGUGAACGCGUUCACGCUCUUAUCCGUCAAUACGCCCGUCGAGCACAGGGAGUUUGCCAUGGGGAUCACCAGUCUCUCCGACAGUGUUGGGGUCAGCCUAGCGGGGGCUACUGCGUUAGUAGUUGAGCGAGUUAUGCUGCGGCACCUGGGAGUCUCUUCAACGCACUGCUGAGCACUUGAAUCAUCUGCGGUCUUAGCUGUCCUUCAGUAGGGGUUGAUUCGGCUCCACUUGCAAAGCACGUGCCCCAUGCGUUUCGGCAUGCUAAGUUCGAAAAACGAGCGAAGCGAAGAGUUCUCAUGGGGCAUGCAUGUCGUUGCAGAAUAGUCUUGUCGACGCUACUUUGAAGUUGGUCGUUUAGCUCAGCACUAGCUGCUCUGAUUUGAGAUGGGCUUCAGCAGUCUUCUCAAUGUACCGGUUAGAGAACGCCCUUCACCGGAACGUACAAAUUAUGCCUAACGGUUUCGAGCAUUUCUUGGCUUGUUUCACGAGAUUGCCCCACCAAAGAUUUGGUGCAUGCGGUGUUUGAACUGGUGA